ACCACCACCACCACCUCAACCCUCAACACCACCGUCGCCAUGUCUCGACUUCCCAUGAACACCAUCCUUCGCCUCAGCCGGCGGUCGUACGCCGUGGUUGCAGCGGAGGCCUCGCGUGCACCGGCAGCGGAUGAAGAGGUUGCGAGAGCUGCUGUGGUGGCCGGGGAGCAGGGCGCAGCGACGAGGGAGAAGGUCUUUUGGAUGAGGGACCCGAAGACGGGGAACUGGAUGCCAGAGAACCGGUUUGGCGACCUCGACGUGGCUGAGCUCCGUGCCCGAUUCCUCAGCUUUAACCACGGGAAAUGAACAUCGACACCUUUACAGAUCUCGAGUCUACUCUUGCUACUGGAGUCGAUCUCAAGUUAUGCUUUGGUUCUCUAAUCUUCUAGUUUCUAUGAACGCUAAACGAUCCUUCACUAUCUUGCUGAUGUUGUUCGUGAACAACAUUGCAGCAUUUAGUUGAACCGUAACCACGACAAAUAAAAGAUCUACCGGAGUUGAUCUCAAACUA